GUCAUCUUGUCUGGACAACCAAAAUUGGGAGCUUUUUGUGCUUAAACUUUUUGAAUUGGUAUAACUUCUAAGGUAAUGGGUAUUUCUACAAAUACUCUUCUUGUUUCUUUGAAGGGCAAAGUAAUUCAAGAAAGUGAAGAAAUGCAGCAGCAAAUGUUGGAAUCUCAAGCCAGGAGAAGGUGGCAAGUGGUGAGGAAACAAAGUGACAGUAAGAAAACUGGAGGGCAUGUCACGAGGAAUAGGAGGUGUAGAAGGGUUUUAAUGAAAAGCAGGGCAGGAGUAAGAGGUUAUAGAUCGAACACAGCAACUGGAAUCCAUAAAAGAGUUAAAACACUAAAGAAGCUGAUCCCUAAUAGCGAAUCCAUGGGGCUUGAAGGGCUUUUCAGAGAGACAGCUGAUUACAUCUUGUCUUUACAAAUGAGAGUGAAUUUGAUGCAGAUAAUGGUUAAAGUAUUAUCAUCAGAUUCUGAUCAGUGAACUAAUCCUUUUAUGUAAAAACAACCAUUCUUUUCCAUUUCUCUUCUCUUUUUCUUUUUCUUUUAAUAUUUUAUUUAUGUUAUAUUUGCAGUCAUAUAGGAGCUUGUUUUGUAAGUUCACAUAUGUGAUGAUGAUUUGUGUAGAUUUAGUUACAGCUUGGUCAUUUUGUUGUGUGAAAAAAUGACUUCGACAUGGACAAGGUGAAUUGUAGAAUCCACUUUUACUUUCCGCAAAUUUUUAUAUUUAGCGACAUGUAUUCUUCUGUGUA